AUGCGCGUCGAGAAGCUUCGGGAUCUCCGUCGUGGUCGCCUCGUGCACCGCGCCGGCCGCCUCGCCCACCGCGCCCUCUACCCGGACCCCGGCGCCUUCCCGCCGAAGCCCGUACGCCACGUCACCCUCCACGUCGCCCCCCACGCCGCCCCCUCCGUGGGCCCCGGCGAGCGCCCCGAGGAGUACGUGAUCUNGCGCCUCGUGCACCGCGCCGGCCGCCUCGCCCACCGCGCCCUCUACCCGGACCCCGGCGCCUUCCCGCCGAAGCCCGUACGCCACGUCACCCUCCACGUCGCCCCCCACGCCGCCCCCUCCGUGGGCCCCGGCGAGCGCCCCGAGGAGUACGUGAUCUACCUCGACCCGCUGGCCCUCGUGGCGCUGACGCCGGCCGAGGCCGACGCGGCGGUGUCGCUCGCGGUGCGCCGCGCAGUGGCGCGCGUGCUCAUGUGGGACCCGCCCGAGGAGGUGGCGGACGCGGUGGCGGACUACGUGGCCUCGGCGGCUGCGGCGGAGCCGAGCGAGCCCGACGUCGGCGGGUCGGCCGGUGCGUCGUGUUGGUCGGAGGGGUUCGUGCGGUACUGCGAGGCGCGGCGCGAGGGGUUCGUGGCGCGGCUCAACCGGGAGGCGCGAGCGCGGUGGAGCGAACGCGCGGUGGAGAGCGCGUUGGGGGAGCCGGGCGCGCGCUCCACGUCAGCAUCGCAGCACGCCACGUCAGCGCUGUAGCUUGGUUGGGGCCCGGUAGAGGCCAAUCAUUGAUGCUAGUGGGCUUAUGAGAUUCGUCGUGUAUUUAUUAAUCCUACACGUGGAAUUAGUUAUCAUUUGUAAUAUAUUUUCAGAUUUAUUUAUUCA